AUGGACACUAAAUCCGAGGAGCUCCUCUUCCUCGCGUCGCAGCUCAAACGGUCCCUUACCUCCUUAACCACGGCCGAACCGCCAUUUUCCAUCUCUAUAAUCGACGUCUCCGCGUCUCCGUCAUCCGCGGCUCCCGUUACAAGCACAACAUUCCCUACAAUCUCCGUCUCCGACGUCCUCGCGUCGAAUCCAGGCGCCGCCGCGAAAUCCGCCGCGUCUCUCGCCGCGGAUCGCGGAGAGGCGGUGCAGGCGGUGAGCGACGCGCUGAAGCGCUUCGUGCGGGGGAAGUGGGACACGGGCGCGCUGGCGGGCGCGGCGGGGAUCGGGGGGAGCGGCGGAACCGCCAUCAUUGCGCCCGCGCUUAGGGGACUGCCUGUCGGUGUUCCCAAGAUUAUUGUUUCCACCGUCGCCAGCGGCAACACGGCGCCAUACGUGGGCACAUCGGAGCUGCUGCUGCUGCCAUCGGUGGCGGACGUGGCGGGGCUCAACGCCAUUCUCCCUCCAACCCCAUUGCCUCUCCCCCCCCUUCCCAAACACCACCCAACCAGCGGCAACACAGCACCAUACGUGGGCACCUCGGAUCUCUUAUUACUACCAUCAGUGGCGGACGUGGCGGGGCUAAACGCCAUUCUCCGCGCUGCCCUCUCCUCCGCCGCAGCUGCCCUCGCCGGCAUGCUGCUCCUGCGCGCCCUGCCCACCCAACCGCCCUCCACCGCUCUGCCUUCCUCUGUUGGCGCUUCUGCUGCUGCUACUGCGCCGGUUACAGUGGGGAUCACGAUGUUUGGGGUUACCACGCCGUGCGUUACGGAGGUGCAGCGGCUUCUCAGCAGCAAGGCCAGCAAGGAGGGAGGCGCGGGGUGGGUGGGGGAUGCAGGAGGAGUAGGAGAGGUGGAGACGGUGGUGUUUCAUGCGACGGGCACGGGGGGAAGAGCUAUGGAGGAGAACGUUGCUUCUGGACUCAUUCAGGUGCGCUCGCUGCACAUACCUCUCUUUACCCGCCCGCUCAUCCCCCCUCACCAUGCUGCUCACCCGCUCACCGCACUGCUCACCUCCACCCGCGCUGCUAGUUAUCAGCACAGCGAGAUACGAAUCGACUUGCCGAGAUCAUUUCACUCCAAGCUCACCCUUCCCUCCCCCCUUUACCAGCCGGUACUGCACAUCACGACAACCGAGGUGAAGGACUUGGUAGUGGGCGGCACCAUGGCGUGCCUGCAGUUCACAGUAUUGACAGUCACUUCAGCCACACCCCUCCCUCCCCACCCUGUUCUGGACGUCACGACAACCGAGGCAGCGGACUUUGUAGCUGUGCUGGACAUCACAACAACAGAGGUGGCGGACUUCAUAGUGGGCGGCACCAUGCCGUGCCUGCCCACCAGGUUUGACGCCGCCAUUCAGCACAAGGUCACCCUCAUGCGCACAACGGCUGACGAGAACCGUCGGAUCGCGCAGUUCAUCGCGGACAAGAUGAACCAAUCGCAGGCGCCCGUGACACUACUAAUACCUGAGGGGGGCCUGUCCGCUCUAGACGCCCCGGGCAUGGCCUUUUGGGACCCCGCUGCCGACGCUGCUCUGUUCGAUGAGCUGGAGAAGCAAGUGGAGCAGACAGACAGCAGGAAGGUGGGUACGAAGUGGUGA